AUGGGACGCUCACAUUUCUUGUGUGUGCUUGUGAUAUUUUUUAUUUUAGUAUGGAUAUUUUCUGCAAAAUGCGCAGUCUUUUCCGAAAAUUACACCGGAGAAGUGUAUCUUCAUCAUCCUCAGAAUUAUACUUACAAUUUGGCUGGGAACAAAUCGUCGGUGGCAGUCCGAGUUAAUAUAAGCGCAGCUAACGUAAAUGAAACUUAUCCUUUGCUUGCAAUUUUCAAGCAGCAAGCUAAUGUUCUGUCUUUUUCGCUUCCUUUGAUGAUCAACAAUAGGUUUUCAUAUAAUGCGGUCAGCCGGACGCUUUGUCCAUCGUUUAUCGCAUUGGAUACACCUGAUAACAACACCGAGCAAAUAAUAGUUGAGCUUUCGAGCUCUAUGCCUGAUAAGUCCCAUGCGCCAAUUUAUCGUCUUCAGCUGGAUGUACUCAACAACUUUGUUCUUCAACUGGGUCACACAGAGCAAUUGCUCAUUACUCCAUCAGAGCCGCAAUACUUUCUUUUUUCUUUAUCGAAGGACAUUGACUCAGUGAUUGUCCAUAUUCAUUCGACUGACAAACUCUGUAUGACUGUGUCUGUUCAGGCUGCAAAAUGUCCUGUGGCUGAUAUUUUAGACACUGUUAAAUAUUCCGGUGUUUAUCAAACGGUCACAACCCUUGGAGCCAUAACUGUCAGCAAAGUGGAGCAAAACAUAACGGAAUUUUUGGUUGUGCUGGUUUUGAAACCUGAAGAUGCUGAUUGCGGUGGUGCUGCUACAGUUAUCAAACCUGGACACAACUCUAUCCCUCGAGUGAAGAAUGUUACAAUAACAGUCACUCCUACCCUGGCAGGUUAUCAUUACCACCUUCCAAUCUACGGAGCAAUAGGGAUUUACGUCAUAUUUUAUGCUGCUACUGCGAUUAUUAUACUUGUUUACCCUUCCUAUGACAAGCAGGUCCAGUACUAUUUCAACUCGUUUGCGGGUUCGGGCAUCCACUUCAACCGUCGAAAUCUGGCAAACGCCUCUCCCCCACCGCAGGCAAACUACGACAGCCAGAUUAUGUCAGUAACCUACGCUCAUUCGCCCGUUGAAGGUGCCACAACUCGUGCACGUCACGUGGUCGGUCCCAGCACCUCCUUGGCCUCCAUGUCUCAGGUCUCCAUCUCUACUUUGACGCCUACUGCCUCUACGUCUCAUCAAAGACCCCCGCCUCCACCACUGCUACCGCCACCAUCUCAUAGUCUCUUUAGUUCCUCCUCGUCCUCCGACCUCAACGACGUCGACGCUGGCUCUACUCAUCUCCAGUCCGCAGUGCGACGCAAGUGCAAAAAAUUACGACGGCCACCGUACAUUGCGCUAUCCCCGCUGCAGCGCACAAAACAGCACCACCGACGCAGCAUGAGCUACGGAAGCACACGAGACAUGGCACUGAGGGAGGUGCCAGGUCGGGUGGAGCGGUGCUCCACUUGCUCAAGGCUUAGUCUUGGACUGGAAGGAGGUGCUGGCAGUACUUUUGAUGGUGGCAGUGUUCGCGCCAGUGACAGCCGUGGAGCUCUCAAUGGCAGUAGAGGGCUGCCGACGGUGAGACAGGUGGGGGAGGGUCUGUUGGCUUUGCCCCACCUUCAGAUUAAUAUCGACCCUCUCGCCGAUGCGCAGAAGGACAGGAAAAUCUACUUGCAUAGUCGAACUCUCUUUGUGUCAGACCUAGCUCGUAAACGCUAUUCAACUUUGGAUCGAAAGUAUCUUCUUUACUUUUGGUACCUCAUCAUAAUUUCAAUUUUCUACGGCCUUCCUGUUGCCCAACUGGUCAUGACCUACCAAAGAGCUUUGCAUGACACCGGCAAUGAGGAUAUUUGCUAUUACAAUUUUGAGUGUGCUCAUCCUCUUGGCGUGUUCACGGCUUUCAACAACAUUAUCUCCAACAUUGGCUACGUGAUGCUUGGUCUGCUCUUUCUCGGGCUCACCGCUCGUCGGGAUCUCAUGCACCGUCGCACCAAGAAAUUCAGGGUUCGUUGUACUCGAUUUUGCCGGUGGCUGUGCCCCCACCCAAGACGUAGCAAUGGCACCAGCAAUACUGCCACCGCAAACUGCAUCGCUGGGGUUCCGGAUGAGAGGCAGGGGGGCGCUUCCUCCCCAGUCCCCUCCGUCGCCUCCUUCACCGCUCCCAUGAUCACCGUCACUCGUUGCAGCAGCCGUCGUCUCUGCUCUCGUCUUCGUCUGACCUGUUGCCAUGGCUCCACAUCCGAAACGUCUGACAGUCAUCCACCCAAUGAAGACAGCAUUGCAGCACUGAAAGACCAUCAGAGCAAUGAUGAGGAUGAUACCGGGGGGGAGAGAGAAAUGGCCUACGGAAUACCACAGCACUAUGGUCUCUUCUAUGCUAUGGGGUUGGCUUUGACCAUGGAGGGGCUGCUCAGUGCCUGCUACCAUAUAUGCCCAAGUUUCUCCAACUUCCAAUUUGAUACUGCGUAUAUGUACAUAUUGGCUCUGAUUCUGAUGCUGAAGAUUUACCAAACAAGACACCCGGACAUCAACGCCUCGGCCCACUCGGCCUACAUGGUGAUGGCUGUGGUCAUUUUGGCUGGUGUCACCGGCGUGCUCUACGGCGGGGAGACCUUUUGGGUGCUCUUCACAAUCGUCUUCCUGACCAUGAGCGUUUGGCUGACUGCCGAGAUUUACUACAUGGGACAGUGGAAUUUUGAUAUAUGUCUUCCGAGACGCCUCUACAAUUUGAUGCGUUCUGACGGAAUUCACUGCCUUACGCCAAUGUACAUGGAACGUAUGCUUCUCCUUCUGGUUGCCAACUGCGUCAACAUUGGAAUAGCUGCGUUCGGCCUGUUCACUCGACCCCGAGACUUUUCCUCCUUCCUUCUCUCCAUCUUCAUGAUCAACCUACUGAUGUACUACUUCUUCUACGUGAUCAUGAAGUGCCGCUUUCGGGAACGAUUUCACUGCAUUCCUGUGUUAUACAUCCUCCUUGCGUGUAUUACAUGGGGCUCUGCUAUCUACUUUUUCAUUCAACACUCGACCACUUGGGAGGUCACUCCAGCUCAGUCACGCGCUUUGAACCAGCCAUGCAUCUUCCUCGGCUUUUACGAUGUUCAUGACGUCUGGCAUUUCCUUUCCUCCACCUCUAUGUUCUUCUCCUUCAUGUCCAUCAUGACUCUUGACGAUGAUCUAAUCAAUACCCCCAGAAGCGAAAUUCCAGUCUUUUGA